AUGGGCACCUGGCAGGCUCUGAUAGGAUCUGCUAGUUUCAGUUUGAUCAAUGGAGGUCUUGCCGGAACGAUCUGGUCCUACAUUGCAACUUGGAUCUGUACCAUCACAGUCACUUUGUCUCUUGCUGAGAUGGCUAGUAUGGCACCUACUUCGGGUGGUCAAUAUCACUGGACGAGCGAAUUCGCUCCUGCGAGGUAUCAGAAAGCUCUGAGUUAUUUUGUCGGAUGGCUGUCUGCGCUCGGCUGGCAAGCAUCGAUUGCGCUUACGUCUUUUGCUGCUGGAAACGUUACCCUUGAACUUGCUUCCACCAUACAUCCUACGUAUACGCCCGCUCUCUGGCACGGAACACUCAUGACGAUAUUGAUGGCAGUAUUGGCUGUGUUGGUUAACACGCUGGGAGCAAAGCGUCUACCACUACUUGAAGCUGUCAUUCUCUUCCUGCACAUUUUUGGCUUCUUUGCUGUCUUAACCCCACUGUGGGUCAUCGCUCCCAAGAUCUCUGCGAAGGAAGCUUUUACUUCGUUUGCCAACACUGGCGGAUGGAGCAGCAUCGGGGCAGCCGUGGUCAUAGGGCAGUUGACAGCUGUCGGAUCUCUUGGAGGGUCGGAUGCUCCAGCUCAUCUCGCUGAGGAGGUUGCCAACGCAAGUUAUGUGGUCCCUCGGGUCAUGCUGGGUACAGUCCUACUGAAUGGCGCGAUGGGUCUCAUCUCAAUCAUUACCUUCGUCCUUUGUAUCACCGACUAUGAUACGAUGGUUGCAAACAACAUGUCGGUUUACCCAUACAUCUCGAUCUUCCAGCAUGCUGUCGGCUCUGAUGUCGGUGCUACGCUGAUGACGACGCUCUUCAUUCUCCUCAACUUCUUCGCAGCUCUGAGCGUCGUCGCUGCUGGAUCUCGUCAAAUCUUCUCCUUCGCUCGCGACAAGGGAAUGCCUGCAUCUGACUGGUUCAGACAAAUCGUAACCAUCGGUACACCAAUUCCCCUCAACGCCAUCAUCUUCUCCCUAUCAAUAACCGUAGUACUCGCACUUGUCAAUCUCGGCUCGACGACAGCCUUCAACUCGAUUGUCGGUCUGCUCGCUGGCUCUGGAGGUUUCUCAUACUCCAUCAGUAUCGCAUGUGUACUUUGGAGGAAGAUUCGCGGACUGCCACUACCACAAGGUCGGUUCUCCCUCGGUGUACUCGGUAUACCCAUCAACGCGUUUGCUGUUUUAUACAUGAUCCAGCAAGCUAUCAUCAGCUUCUUCCCCAUGUUUGCGAUCGUCACCGUCAAGACGAUGAACUAUGGCUGUGUGAUGUUUGGUGGAGUAGCCAUCAUCUCGAUCAUGUACUACAUUGUCAAGGGGAGACAUGUGUACAAAGGUCCAGUCGUCGACGUUCGUCGAGAUUAG